AAAUAUAGAAAUAAAAUUUCACUCUGAUUGGAACAAAUAGAACAGCGCCAGGCAGGAUAGAGUUUGCUCUUCCUCAUCGUUAAUAUUUCAGCUGAAUUGCCAGAGACUGUUGCAGUUGCUGUGGUAUAUUAAAAAAAAAAACAAUGGCACCGACAAUACCUAAAAAGAUGCCCUCCAAAAUGUCAGAGACAAGUAAAGAGCAUUUAUCUUUAGCGAAGAGUCAUGUAUCGCGACAAGAUUUGGGCGCUGGUGACAUGGAUUGGAUGCGAGGAAAGGUUUUGUUGCGACCAGAAGAUCAAUUGACGUUAACGGAAGCAGAAUUACAAGAGGAACUCGCCAGAGUGCUAACCAUACAUAAUACCAGGAUACCAGACUCCUUAAUCGAAUGGUCGUGGAAACAGCGUCAAUUUAUAAAACUGCCUCCUCCACCGCAUUUGGUAACUCUUCUGAAUAUAGCCGGCACUGUACUGCACAAAGAUUCCGAAGAAGCCAAAGUGCAAUUGGCAGGAGGAAGAAUUGUCGAGGAGGAGACGGAUGAGAAAUUAAAACGUGAUAAAGCGGAGGAAGAGGCAGAAUAUGAAGAAGAGGAAGAAGUAGAGGAAAUAGAUAAAACGGUGGAGGCGCUAGCCGAGGCUGAACGUGAACACGAGUUGGAAGCCGAGCCGGAGCCUGAGGAAGAUGAAAUAGAAAAAGCAAAGCCCAAGAAAAUACCUAAUCAAUUCAACUUCUGUGAGAGAGCGGCAUUGACAUAUGAUAAUCCUAUGAGGGACAUGAGCACACAAACUAUACCUCCGCCUACCGCGACUUUCAAUGCCGAUGUCUUUCAAUGGACCAUCUUUGACGAAUAUCAGGAAGACUAUGCUCAACAACAACGCGAGAAGGAGAAGGAGAAGAAGGCACCGUUGGCACCGCCAAAGAAAGAAGACGUGAAGAAGAAGGCUCAGAUAGAAUCUACAGCGAUGACAAACAGAAUGUUACAAGCUGCAAAGACAUUAGAGCGAAUGGUGAACCAAAACAUUUUCGACGAUAUAUCGCAAGAUUAUAGAUACUGGGACGAUCCGAGCGACGAAUUCAAGGAAGGCGAAGGCUCCUUAUUACCUUUGUGGAAAUUUUCUUACGAAAAGACUAAGAAACAUGACAUCACGGACAUAUGCUUCAACAGCAGAUAUUACGAUCUCUUUGCAGUCGCCUUUGGAUCACUGUCAUUUAACAGUCCAAUAGCAAAUGGCACGGUGUGCUUAUUCAGUUUGAAGAAUCCGUCGUAUCCGGAAUGGAUUUGUCCGACAGAAUCUCCCGUGAUGUGCCUAGACUUUAACGCCCAACAUCCUCAUCUUUUAGUUAUCGGUACCAUGGACGGAGCUGUGGCGGUUUAUAACGUAAUGUUACCGUCGUCCACACCGCAAUACAAAAGCAACGACGUUGUGCAGAAGCAUGGAGGGUUAGUAUGGGAGAUUCGUUGGGCGCCUGACACAGAGGAGGGAAACCUGGCGUUCUUCAGCGUCAGUAUCGACGGUAAAAUAAAUCACUGGGUGUUAAACCAGAACGAUCUCGGCCUGACCACCGUUAUGACGUUAUUCCUGGACCGGCCACCUAUACCGGGACCAGAUGGCACGAUGAUCACGCUGAAAGGCUGCGGAACGUGCAUCGCAUUCCAUCCCGCCGAUCAGAAUGUUUUCCUGGUGGGCACGGAGGAGGGCACCAUGUACAAAUGCAAUACAGCGUACAGCAGUAUUUACAUGAGGACGUAUCACGAGGCGCAUACCAUGCCGGUGUAUCGGAUAGUUUUCAACAAGUACAACUCCAGCAUCUUCGCCAGCUGUUCAAGCGACUGGCGGAUCAAGAUCUGGGAAGACGAAAGAUCAGAACCUUUGUUCAUGUUCGAUCUGGGUGUUCCGAUCGGGGACGUUCAAUGGGCACCGUACAGCUCCACGGUGCUGGCUUGCGUGUCAAACGAUGGCAAAGUUACAGUGUUCGACUUGAAUGUUAACAAGUACAGGCCGAUCUGCAGUCAACAAGUCGUCAGUAAACGAAGAAGCAAAUUAACCCGAUUAGCCUUCAAUCGCGCCUUGCCGUUUAUAUUAGUCGGCGAUGACAAAGGUACCGUGAAUACGCUGAAAUUGUCGCCAAAUUUACGGAUAAAGGUGAAACCAACGAAGAAGCAAAUGCACUUGUCGCACGCGGAAUUAGAAUCUAUGAAAUUGGAAAAGUUGCUCAGCUUCGUGCGAGAGCCGCCGGUACUGACUCCGCCUAAAGACGUGAGAACAGUCACUUAAAAACUGAACGAAUGAGAACAGGGAUGUCAACCUUUUGUAAACAACAGUGCUUUAUUUAAUAUUUGCUAUAACAGACGGAUACAUAUACAUAUCUAUAUUUUUACAAAUAAAUUGGCACUAUAAUUAUGCAAUAGAGAGAUCAAAUAGUUCUACGAAGUAGUUUAUGUACCUGAACUCUUAUUGCCGGAAAAAAAAACACCGUUGUAACAAAUGGAAUAAUAAGAGAAGUGGAGCAACUCACCGCUUGAUACAACGAAAUUAAAUAAAUCGAUUUCAAUUAAAAA